GGACCGAGACAUCUAGAGCGCAUGCGCAAAGCAACCGCCGUUAUGAAAAUGUUAAUUUAGGGGCAUUUCGUUCCAUAUUUCGGCUCAAAGCUCCACACGAAAAAGACAACAACGUCGAAAUGGCAGGAGAAGAAGAGGGAGACCCCGAACCAAGGGUUUCAGGCUCCUGGGGAUCCUGGAUGUCCAGAACAUCGCCGUGUGCGCGUGAGUCCAUCCUGUAUGGAGCUGGAGGCUCGCUGGCUGUGGGCCUGCUGCACUUCCUGGCCACGAGUCGAGUAAAGAGGUUUGAUGUGGGAUUCGCUGGAUUCAUGAUCACCACACUCGGAUUCUGGUUUUACUGCAGGAUGAAUAACGCCACGCGCGUUGUGCAGCAGCGCUACAUCCAGGAGGGCCUCAGGAACAAGGUUGUUAUGAAGGGCUGUGAUGGACCUGUGAACAAGAAGACGACAGACGCUCCUUCAGGCCCGUCGUGACCUCCGCCCACAGUUUGAAGGAUUAAAGUUUCUCCCAGUAAAGGUUUCUGUCCCCUAUUCGGCUGUAAAGUGACAUUUUUCUGAUCACAGAAACAGUAAAUCGUUUAAAACCCAACAUUCAACAUUUCUGGUUAAAGAUGAUCACACUCUAUCUUAAAGGACAUCCUGUCACUUUUUCUCCUCCUUUGUUUGUUUUUGACGUCAGCUCAAUACUAAUGUAUAUUAUUGUCUCCAGUUUGUAGAUUUUGCACUGUUAUUACUGUUUAAAAAUGUCGCAGCAACAAUACAAAUCACUGCAUAAAGUUGGAAUGAAAGCAGUUAAAACUGGUGCAGAGCAGCCGGUUUUUUUAAUUUACAUUUCACAUGUAACCUGAUUAUUUAACUGAGUGCGUAAAUAAGGAAAUAAAGGUGAAAUAAGAUUUUAAAACCUUUGUGAAGGCUCAAGGAAGUUAAUUGUGAUGUUUGAUGUAGUGGUUGCUUCAUGUGAGACUGUUUUGAGUUUGAUUCCAGGUUCUUUUCUUUGUCUGGAGUUUGCAUUUCUCCUCUGAAACAUUCAUUCUCCAGUUUCUCACAGUAAAAGACAUGUUUUUGA